AUGGCCCACUGGAGGGAGGAGUACUUGGCUGCGCUGACAGUCCGAGAUCAGCGAGAGAAGGCGAAUGUCCCUCUCUACAAUGCCUAUGCUCAGCUUGCAGAUCGCACCAGCAAGCUAGCAACAACAACAAAUGCCAGCCCAGCGCCAUCACAGGUUGAGAUCCACCGCUCCAUUCCAUCGCCGUUGGUAACAGCCUCCAAAAAACAACGCGGGAACGAGCCGGGUCCAACUCCAGCAGAACUUCUCAAUAUCACACGUGCAGACUUAUCGGAGGCGCAACGCUCUCGCUCAGAAAUACAGGAUCAACUUAGCCGUGUGACUACAGAAGUAGAAAGCCUUCGAAAGAAAAGCACGCAAGAGGCUCGGCGGAUCAAGCUUUUGGAAAGCGAGAGAGCGCAACUGAAUCUACGGCUGAGAGACCGAGAUGCAGAGUUAAAGGGGAAGGCCAAACUAUUAGAGGACUUCCAAGAUGAGAUGGCAACAUUGAAUCUCCAACUGAACAUGGCCGAAGAAAAGUCAACUCGACUCCAAAAAGAGAACCAAGAUCUUGUUGACCGUUGGAUGGCCAGAAUGGGCCAAGAAGCCGAAGCAAUGAACGAUGCAUCCAAAUUCUCAUAG